AUGGCAUCUUUCGAGUACAACGAGCACAGCCAAAGGGUGCUCUUUGGGCAAGACAGCCUCUCCAAGCUGCCCUCAGAGCUCGCCAGGCUUGGCUGUUCGAAACCGCUCAUCCUCACAACACCCACCAAGACGUCUUAUGUCGACACCAUUACAGAUCUCCUAUAUGGCCAGCUUGCCGGUUCAUUCAAUCGCGUCACGAUGCACACCCCAACAGAGGUCACCGAGGACGCCUUGAAGCACUGCAAAGCCGUCGAUGCCGACUGUCUUGUGUCAAUUGGCGGCGGAAGUGCCGUAGGCUUGGGCAAGGCCUUGUUUGUCCGCACGGGACUGCCUCAUAUCACGGUUCCGACAACGUAUUCGGGUAGUGAGAUGACGCCCAUCGUCGGCCAGACGGAGAAGAGAGUAAAGACGACUCAUGUUGAUCCAAAGGCGAUACCGGCGGUAGUCAUAUAUGAUGUAAACCUGACCUUGACAUUGCCUGCUAAGAUCAGUGCGACGAGUGGUCUGAAUGCUAUGGCUCAUGCUGUGGAGGCUCUAUAUGCUCAAGAUGGCAACCCCAUCGCAAGCAUGUUUGCCAUCAAAGGAAUCCAGACACUGGCCACUUCUCUGCCACGGAUCAUGCGGAAUGUCCAAGACGUCGAUGCCCGCUCAGAUGCCCUGCUUGGCGCCUGGUUCUGCGGCAAAUGCCUUGCUGGAGUUGGCGUUUCCCUUCAUCACAAGCUUUGCCACGUCCUCGGAGGCACGUUCAAUUUACCGCACGCAGAGACACAUGCUAUUAUACUGCCUCAUGCGUUGGCAUAUCUGGCACCGAGUAUCCCCAACGAGAUGAAGGUGCUGGCGGAGAAUGUUCCUGAGAGUGAAGGGAAUGCCGUCAAUGGCUUGAACAGGUUAUUGUCCAAGCUGGGAAUUACAUAUAGUCUGAAGGAUCUAGGCCUGAAGGAGGAUGACAUUGACGUCGCGGUAACGACUCUGCUCCAGAAGCCCUUUUGGAGUCCUCGGCCGCUUGAAGCUGAUUUGAUCCACGAGUUGCUGAGACGAGCGUGGGAAGGAAAGCCUGCACGAAUGGCGGAGUAA